AUGUCCCUCAAGAUAACCUUCACAUCAAAGCACACACUUCACCUCAUCAACCGUUACACUCAUAUUGAAGUGUACUUUACUGGUCCUGCCCAGCACUGUCCAUUAGUACGUAAGCUACUCACAACAGCUAUUGAUAAUAGCAGUGAUGCUAUGCACCUCAAGCAUAAUUACAUCAAUGCAUUUGCUUGCCCUAACAAUGAGAGCUGCUAUUGCAUUGUAAAUGAAGAUCACCAUAAAGUAGCUGAUUGUACAGUUUGUGGUGAAUCUCCUGCUCUUAGCAAUGACUACUGGACCUGGUUUGAUGAUGCACAAAGACCUGUUGAGAGUAACAAUGGAACACAAACAAAACAAGAUGAUGAUCAGUUACUAAAUGAUAACCUCCUGUUAGACAAGAAGCCUCAAAAGAGUGACCUCCUUAGGUUGUUCAAUAGUUUUGCUGCCCAUUACAUGAUCAUUGGGACUGCACUUGAUGUUCAAGUGAAUGACCUGUUACCUACUCCAGGGGCUGCUACUACUAACCUCAUACUAAUGUUUGAGAGAUGGAUAGACUCCAAUAAAGGAGUGACCUGGAGGACUAUCCUAAAAGUUUGUAAAGAUUAUUCUGAUCUUAAGAAGGCAGAGGCUGAAGUCAAGCAGUUCCUUUCAUCACCCACUGCCCAUUCACUUUAUGAUCCCCUACCUGAUGAGAGUAAGAGUAUCGUUCCAUCACCCACUGUCCAUUCCCUACCUGAUGAGAGUAAGAGUAUCGUUCCAUUACCCACUGCCCAUUCCCUACCUGAUGAGAGUAAGAGUAUCGUUCCAUCACCCACUGCCCAUUCCCUACCUGAUGAGAGUAAGAGUAUCGUUCCUUCACCCACUGUCCAUUCCCUACCUCAUGAGAGUAAGAGUAUCGUUCCAUCAUCCACUGGAGCUCAUGACGAUUAUUUCAAAUUUUUUCCUAGUAAAAGUCAUGCUUUUGUUUUCAUUGCUUCUUUGAUAUUAGUAUUUGUUGCUAUUUUGAUAUUUUGUGUUAGAAGCCACACUUUUUCAUUAUUUUAAAUUAGUAA